CGAUGGCGCGGUCCGUUGUCGUCGCGCAGGUUCUCUUCGUGCUUCUCUCGGACAUUCUCUUCUCGGGCGUCAUCUAUGGCUGGGCGCCGCUCGCGCUCAUGCUCCAAGAAGAGGACCAGUACGGCGAGCUCUGCCACGGCGCGCGCGACGGCGCCCGCUGCAGCGACCAGGACACGCAGCUCAACCUUGUCUACGCGGUCGCCACGUUCCUCUCGUCCAUGAUCUCGCUGCCCGUGGGGAUGCUCAUGGACCGCAUCGGUCCUAAAUACACGAUCCUCGUUGCGGGUGUGCUGCAAACCACGGGCCUCUUCUUCCUUGGCGCCGCCGACUCCAAGACGCUGGACGUGUUUGUGCCAGCGUACGCGACGCUCGCGGUCGGCGGCGGCAUGACGCUCAUGGGCUCCUUCUCUUCGAGCUUCCUCGUGCCCGAGUACCAGACCGUGAUCCUCGCAGCCGUCAGCUGUGCGUUUGACGGCAGCAGCGCCGUCAUGCUCGGCCUCUACUACCUCCACGAGUCGCUCGGCUGGUCGCGCCACGCCAUCUUCACGGGCUACGCCGUGCUCUGCCUCAUCGUCUACGCCUGCCUCGUCGGGCUCUGGCACGUGAACGAGCACCUGCUCGUCGAGGCGUCGCCGACGGAGGGUGAGAGCAAACGACUCAUUCCCGCUAGCCCGAGCGCAGCUGCAACGACGAUCUGGGACCACCUCAAGUCGUUCGAGUUUGUGUACCUUCUCAUCUUUACAAGCAUCCACCUCUUCCGCUCCAACCUGUACAUUGGCACGACCAACAACGUCCUCGAGAUUUACGGCGACGAAAGCGAUGGCCAUGUCUUCACCAAGAUUUUUGGGUUCAUAUUGCCCCUCGGAUUCCUCUUCGUGCCAAUCAUCAACCACGUGGUCGAAGACCGGGGCAUGCCGAUGGCCAUGUACGUGACUGUCGGCCUUGGCCUCCUCUACAACGCACUCGCCCUUGUGCCGUCGCUACCGCUGCAAGUCCUUACGUUCAGUGUCUUUACCGGCUUCCGCGCCUUUCUGUAUACGGUCAUCACGGCGUUUGCGGCCAAGAUGUUUGGACUCACGUUCAUGGGCACGCUUGUCGGCUUCAUCUAUACCUCGGGUUCGCUCGUGAGUUUGCUGCAGAUCCCCGCGGUCGCCUACGCCAACGCCCGCCACGACUACUCGCACGUGUACAUUGGCACGCUCGUGCUCGGCGCCGUCUUGGUGCCUCUCACCGAGCAGUACCGGCAGCGUGCGCUCUUGGCCGCAUCGAGCAGCGCUGUCGUCGAGCCCUAGUUUGCUUACACCAGCUCGAUCGAUAGAAGAAUGGACACGAGUUUCAAUUGCUC